AUGGAUACAGAGACCCCCCAUGCGCAGGACAAUGGCUUUGCGCAGUCUCCCUGGAUGGACAUGGGCGCGUUUCAUCCAUCCCAACACUCGCCACCAAUGGAAUAUCACGGAUUUCAGUACGGAUCCGUGCCACUAGAUCCCGCCUACGGCGUCACAAUACCACCACCUUAUGUGCCUCUACCGAUGACCGUGCCUUCUAAUGCCUGGCCCAGUAUGCUUACUCCGACAUCUCAAGCUCCAUUCCACCCCCCAGAGCUCCCAGCGGGCCCUGUCCCAAUCGCCCCGUCUGUAUCACCAGUUGCACCAGUUCCGCCACCCAGGAAGUCAUCUGCGAGUAGCUCAACACCGCGGAGGACGCUCACUGACGAAGAUCGACGGAAAAUGUGCCUCUAUCAUGAGGAGAACAAGACCGCUAAGCAAACCGACAUUGGAGCAUUGUUUGGCGUUGAACGAAGCACCGUCUCGAAAGUGCUCAGGCAAAAGGACAAGUACCUUAACCCUGAGGAUGGAAGCCGAUCACCAAUUAAGAGGAACAAGGGCCGAGUCCCUGAUAUCGAAAAGGCCCUGUCCAACUGGGUCAGGAACUAUCAGCGAGGAGGACACGGUCUAACCGAUGAAAUGAUCCGAGAAAAGGCCCUCUUUUUCGCCAGCACCUGUGGCAACCCCGACGGCAAGGAAAAGGUCCUGACUCACAGCUGGUUGGAGAAGUUCAAGCACAAGAACGGCUUGCUCGGUGCCAAAGCUCGGAAGGGCUCGUUUGGGACGAAAAGCGAGUCGGCGAGUCCAACUGGUUUGAGCAUUAAUUCAGCUUUGGCAUCUGCCGUGCAGUCGCCUACCGUGCUCUCGCCCAUUUCACCUACCGGCUUCGCAUCCCCAUCGCCAUUGUCUCCGGCCCAGAGCCAGGAAAACAUCAGAGGGAGUAUAUCUCUUGGACCCACAGACCUAGGAAUCGACUUUCAACACGCACAUUCCCAGAGCACAAUCUCGCUUGAUACGACGGCUUCUUUCUCUCCAACGUCGACGCUGGUUACCGAGAGUCCGUUCACGCCCCUGAGUCAGUCCCGUGUCUCACCCACGGACGGGAACUCCAGCAGACCCAGGAGCCAAACAUUCCCACUCAUCAACCCGGAUCCUGUCUCCAUGCCCACGGACGAGUCACCCAACCCGACGUCGGCCAUGAAGGGUCUUUUGCCUGCCGCGAUGGAGGAGUCCGUUGGAGAAGACGGGGCCCAAAAGAUUUCACUCAACCUCGAUACAUCCACCGGCACAAUUAAACGGAAUCGGAGCAAUCCCGAGAUUCGCGCUAAAACUAUAUACCCCCCGUUAUACUCCAAGUCCACAACCGUUUCGCCCGUCAGUUCACCGGGGUCCCCUACCCAAGAUGAGGCCCGCAAAGCCUUGGAGCUAGUCAUGAGCUAUUUCGAACAUCAGCCGUCUGGACUAGGCGCCCAGGAAUACGUCACUAUCGGCAAAUUGAUGGAGAGGUUAGAGCUUGCCAAAGCUCAACCACCAACAACACUCCCGGGAGGACUUACUCGUAUCGACGAGCAUGACGACGUCCCCCAUCAGCCUCGCCUCACCAAGAAGCGAAGUAUUCAAAACUUCGGCUGA